GGGAACGACAGCAGGACGCCUGAUGGAGUCACCUUUAAAGAUGUCAUCACCUGAAGUCAGCGAGCAGACUGUGGAUGAGAGUGACAGAUCUCAGCAGAUGUCAUCACCUGAAAUCAGUGAGCAGGCUGUGGAUGAGAGUGACAGAUCUCAGAUGUCAUCACCUGAAGUCAGCGAGCAGACUGUGGAUGAGAGUGACAGAUCUCAGCAGAUGUCAUCACCUGAAAUCAGUGAGCAGACUGUGGAUGAGAGUGACAGAUCUCAGCAGAUGUCAUCACCUGAAGUCAGCGAGCAGACUGUGGAUGAGAGUGACAAAUCUCAGGGAACACAACAGCUUGCCAAACUGGGCAAAGUGCUUUUGACAGUGGAGAAGGGGACCCUCUCACAGUGUAAAGGCCAGGCCCUUGACGACAUUGAGAUUGACCCUGAAGAGAUUUCACAGAUCCAUCUUAGAAGAGACAACUCUAAACGUAAGUGGGAUGACACUGAGGUACGUGCUGUGGAAAGACACAUGAUGGACUUCAUACAUACUUGCAAGGUACCACGCAAGAUGGACUGUCUGCAGUGUAUCAGGGCAGAGCCCGACACACUGAGAGACUGCAACUGGACUGGUGUAAAAAAUUAUGUCAGAAAUCGAAUCACUGCUAUGAAGAAAAAGGCUUGUGCUAAACAAUAAGAGCCAGUAUUUGAUACUUUACAGAUCAUUCAUCAAAUCAUCCUUUUCUCUUUUGAAAUAAAUUGACUUCUUACCUCUUACUUAUAUGUUUCUACCCACAGAAAUAAGAGCCAGUUUUUGUUAGUUUUCAGUAAUUCAUCAGCUCAUCGUUAUCUUUUGGAAGAAAUAGACUUGUUACACGCUACCUAUAUGUUUGGAACCACAUAAAUUGUUGUUCUGAGCUUUGAUGUUCACACAUUGUUUCAGUAAAACACAUUUUGACAGCAUACCUUAGUUUGUUGGGUGAUGUUUAUUUUCAUGCAAAUUUGAUUCUGGUUCCAAUGUGGCUAAGAUAUUCAGUCUAAAUCUUAUUUAGAACAAAGUGUUUCCUGUAGAAUUUUAUUGAAUCUCAAGUAAGUCAGUAAGUAAAAUUUAUUUAUAAGGCGCUUUUCACAGAUCAUCCGUCACAAAGUGCUUCACAGUGUAAAAAUCACAAAGAGGUCAAAGACAUUACACAGUACAUAAAAACAAGGAGAUUAGAGUAUGUGUUACUGCCGAGACAGCGCUGACCGGGGGUCUAGAAUGCCUUCUGAAACAGAUAUGUUUUUAAGAGUUCCUUGAAAGCAUCCACUGAGUCCAGGGAGCAGGUCCGGAGGAAGCUCGUUCCAGAGGCGCGGCACAGUGGAUGUAAAAGAGUAUUCACCCCUGGUUUUAAAACAAGCAUGGGGAACUCUCAGAAGGUUCCGAUCAGAUGACCUGAGGCUCAACUGUUGUUAAUAGUCCUUACAACAUAAAAAUUGCUAAUAUGGCAAGGACUGGCCAUUACUUAAGCCAUUGUCCUUCAGUUGUUUUGGUUUCUAUUGAAAAAGUUAAAUAAGAAAAAAGUUAGUGCAUUUCUGUAGAUGCCAAGAGCUACUCAGGAGCAGUGUUGAGACUGAAUUUGAUGGUUGAAUAUUCUCAUAACUCAAACAUAACAAAAAUACAUGCUAGAAUUACUUUUAUGGACUUUUGUCCCCAAAGGAAUUUGAGGCACCUAAAAGUGACUUUUAUGAGUUUGUGUAUCUGUGUACAGUUGAAGUCCUCAAAAUGGACAUUAAAAUUAUUUGUCCCCAAUCUCAAGGUAAAAUUCAAGUU